GUUAUUGUUCUGCGACGGGACACAAACACAGAGUACUUUUAUAAAAACUGUAAAUACUGAAGUUAAAACCACAAUAAAAAUAAUUAUUUUUAUUAACCUAUUAAUUAUAGUGAUUAGUCUAUAUUAAUGUAUAAAUAUAUUUGCCAUGGAUUCUAAGUAUACAACAAUUAUUGGAGGCGAUAAUGGACUCAAAAGGAAAGCUACUAUUGUUGAUAACCUAUCAGUCAAAAAGUUGAAACUGUUUAGAGAAAAUUCACAUGUGGUUGAAAAGGGUAAAGUUAAUGUGCAAAUUGCAAAAACCUUACCAAAGACAAUCCCUACCGAGAAUUUACAAGAAGCAAGAAGAAACUUACCUGUUUAUUCUGUCCGUGGCAGAUUAAUAGAGGAGAUAAAGAAACACCAAACAAUGAUUUUGAUUGGUGAAACAGGUAGUGGUAAAACAACCCAGAUUCCUCAAUUGCUACAUGAACACAGGCUUGAGGGUAAUGGAAUUAUAGCAGUAACCCAACCACGAAGGGUAGCAGCUAUCACAAUAGCUCUUCGUGUUGCAUCUGAGAUGAACACUGAAAUAGGUGCUAUAGUUGGGUACUGUGUAAGGUUUGAGGAUGUUACUAGUACAAAAACUAAGGUUAAGUACAUGACAGAUGGUAUGUUGCUUAGAGAAGCCAUACUAGAUCCAUUGUUACGAAGAUAUUCCAUAGUGAUACUUGAUGAAGCUCAUGAGCGUACUGUUAGUACAGAUGUUCUAUUUGGUAUAGUUAAAUUAGCACAAAAAGAAAGAAAUGGGAAUAAAUCAAAUCCACUAAAGGUAAUCAUAAUGUCAGCCACAAUGGAUGUAGAUACAUUCAGACAAUACUAUGAUAAUUGUCCAGUUAUAUAUUUAGAAGGCAGGACAUAUCCUGUAACUAUUUAUCAUUCAAAAUUGAAACAAGAAGAUUAUCAAUAUGCUGCAGUUUGUACAAUAUUUCAACUCCAUGCCACAACACCGCCUAACCAUGACUUCCUUGUAUUUUUAACUGGCCAAGAAGAAAUUGAGACUGUCAUGUAUAAUAUUAAGCAAAUUGCUAAAGAAGCACCUGGGCCACCUAUUAGGGUGUGUCCAUUGUAUGCUGGUCUUCCAGCCCAGAAACAGUUACAAGUAUGGAAGGAUACUCCACCGGGCAUGCGGAAAAUUGUCUUAGCGACUAACAUAGCCGAGGCAUCUGUCACCAUUCCAACUAUUAAGUGCGUCAUUGAUACGGGCGUUGUCAAAGAAAGGACGUGGUGCGGGUGGUCGGGCGCGGAGCGGCUGCGCGUGGGCGCGUGCUCGCAGGCGGGCGGGUGGCAGCGUGCGGGCCGCGCGGGCCGCACGGCCGCCGGCGCCGCCUACCGCCUCUACACCGCAGCUGACUUCGCCUCGCGCCCGCUGCACACGACGCCGGAGAUCUCCAGAUGUCCUUUAGCACCAACCAUACUAUUAUUGAUAGCAGCUGGUUUAGAACCAAACAAUUUUCCACUCAUUGAGCCACCUCCACCGGAUUCUGUCAAAUCUUCUUUAAUAUUAUUAAAAGAAUUAGGCGCUAUUGAUAACGACGUAAAUCCUAAAUUGACGGCGCUUGGCAAAAAGAUAUCUUCGUUUCCUAUAGAUCCUAAGUAUGCUAAAGUUUUGUUGACUGCACCUGAAUACAAUUGCUUAGAGGAGGCCUUAAGUUUGGUAGCAGUAUUGUCAAGCGAAAAUGUAUUUUACACGCCAAUGCAUAAAAGAGAAGAAGCAUUUAAGGUCAAACAGAAAUUUGUAUCACCAUUAGGAGACCAUCUCACUCUUCUGAACGUAUAUAAAGCUUUUUGCAAAGCACCACUGAAAAAGCAAUGGUGUAAAGAAAACUACCUAAACCAUAAAAAUCUCUCGUACGCGUGUGAAGUACGACAACAGCUACUUUCCGUUUGUCAACGGCUAAAUUUAUCUUUGUCCAGCUGUGGACCAUCUACUGACCAGGUGUUGAAAUGCUUACUGAGCGGUUUGUUCACUAACUGCGCGUGGUCGCGGGGCGGUGCGGGGUCGCGGUACGUGACGGGCGCGGGCGGCGCGGCCGGCCUGCACCCGUCCAGCGUCCUGCACACGGUGCGGCCGUCGCCUCCCGCACUGCUCUACUCCGAGUUGCUACACACGCGUCGCACCUACCUCCUCACUGUCUCCGCUAUACAGCCGCAGUGGUUGUAUCAGGUCGCACCCGAGUAUGCUCGCCGCUGUCGUGCCAAUCGGUGACCUUAAUUUAAUCGAAUAUGUAUAACAGUAUACUAUAAAAUAGUAUCGCAUCUUAUGUCGAACAUCCUCAUUGUCUGAAUAUUAUGUGAUAUAGUUCUCUAAGCACAUGUUUUACUUGUCUACCUCUGAAUGGACAAAUUUUUAAUGGCAUAAUGUUGACGAAUAGGUUCCGCCUAAAAUUAUUGCAUAUUUUUAAUAGUUAAGAUUUAGUAGACUAAAUAAUUAUGCUGACUACUUUUUCAAACAUACAAAUAAUUAAACAAUGUAGUAAACUUUAUCUUGUUCCUAUUUGUAGGAAUUCAAUUGUUCCUUUUUGUUUUUGUUCUAAACACUUGUGGCAUAUAAAUAUACUCAAAACGUUUUUGUUGUUGUUAUUAUCAGAGCGUUACUAUCUAUGUAUUGCAAAAUAUUUUGCUUAAUAACAAAUAUUAGUAAUGGUAUAGUCAUAUUUUAUAUAGAUUUUGGUGUUACAAAAUAUUUAAAUAAUAAUAUUUUGUAUGUGUUAAACUCAAAAUGAUUUUUUGUAUAAACAGCUGGCUGUUUUUAUUUUUAAAUAAAAGCAACCUGAUAAAUCCCUAUAUUUAGUGUUUACAGCUGAUUGUAAUAUAUUGCAUAAAAGAGCACGUAAGAUUUUUUUUAUAAAAACAGAAAGCAUUACUCAAAAACGUUAUCGGAUGAAAUUUUAAUUUCGUUCAAAAUAUGGUAUAAUUUAUAGAUAGGUAACUAGACAAAUCGAUUUUCAACAGAAAGUAUUAAUUAUUAUGAACGGUAAAAAAAGAAUAGAAAUAAAAGCUGUACAUGUUCCAUAUUACAGAAUAUUAUGCUUCGAAACUCCACAUAUAUAAAUAUAAUAUGUUAAAAUUUUCAUCUUUAAGAAAAUCGGUAAAUACUUUUCUCAUUAUCACUCUGGUGAUGGAGCUCAUUUAUCCACGAUCGCCUUAUCGAGAGCCGGUAGGUACGUAGAUUGCUUAAUGCCCUUAAUGGUUUAUUACUUGUAGGGGAGGCACGCCCACAGUUGUUACCGACUUUAUUGUUUUCCUUAAAGUGAUUUCUUAGCAAUUUUGUUAAAAAGUUAAAAGCAUCUUAAAUGUUAUAUAUAGUACUAUCUCUAAUGGAGGAAUGCUAACGUUGUAAUUGUACUCUGUUCGUUUACAUUCAUCAGUGGCCCAUUUAUUAUUCACGAGCUUUCAAGAUGGUUAUAAGCUUCACAAGCAAAUGGAGGCGUGUUAAAAGUUUGCAGACUAUGUUUGUUUGUAUAUUUGUCGAAUUAUACUAUAUAUGUUUAUUAAGAACCAGAUACGUUAUUUGUCGUCUGAUACUUUGAUUAAUUAAGGUAAGUUUAAAUAAGUAAUUUAACCCUUUGGUUAGAUAAUUAUCAUUUAAUCUAUUUGUAAUUGUUUUUUUAAUAUUACACCAGUAGUCUAACUUUGAUCAUAAUGUCAAAAUACAAUAUUUUGUUAACCUAAUAUAAUAAUAUUAUUAGAUUAAGAAGUGAAAUGUGUAAAUUCUUUAAGUGUAUCAAUGUUGAUAAAUAUAUUUGUAUAUUUAUGCUAUUAUUAGUUGUUACCUGCGAUUUCAUCCUCGUGGAUUGUAACUUAUUUUUAAUAAAUACGUAUUUUAGAAUUAUUGUAAUUCUAAAAUAUGUCUAAGCGACUCCUUAUAACAUUAGAAAUAUAUCACUGCGAAUGAAGUCCGGUCAUUACCAGUCCAGCCGUUUCAAGGAUUAGGAAGAACAAACAGACAGACCUAUAACAUUUUUAAUAAAAAAAAUUUUGUGGUAGUUUGUAAGUACUUUAUAUACUUUUAUUUGUUUCAUCUGUUUUUAUUUCAUGAAUUAACAUUCUUAAUUAUUGAUCACAUUGAAAGUGCUUUGUUAGCACUUAUGGGUUGUCUUUAUGAUUAAAAUAAAAUAUGAGGUUCAUGGAAUCCCAAUUAGAGUCGCAUUCAGGGCUAAGCUAAUGUUUGCAAUAGCAAUAUUUCCUUUAAUAUGUUUAGUAUCAUCUUUUCAAUAUCGGUCUGCUUUGCUUCAGGCCGCAUUCUUGUUUGGAUAAGUUUUAAAUUUCCUUUAGGUAAACAGAAUGUCUUUAUACACGUUCGAUAGUUUUACGAUAUUUCUACCUUCACAAGAGCCGUCUAUUAAAAGUAAUCCAAACAAGGAAUUAAAGUCAGUUUUGUAACUUGUCUGAAGAGACUACCACGAAAGCUAUCCAUUAGUCAAAUCGGAGAAGUUUUUGAGUUCUAGCGAAAAUAACGUACAGAAUUUAUAUUUAUAUAUUGCUUUUAACCUUUAGCUGUUUAAUACAUAAACACCGCAUUGCCGUGUUAUGAUGCCAUAUUUGAUGCUUGUGACAUCAAAAGUCGGUUAAAAAGAUGAUUAUAAAGAUUUUACGCCGAAAUGUGAUUAGGAGUUUAUGACCAGCAUCGAAUCCUAUUUGGAUUACCAAGAUAUUAAACGGUAGACAUUCUCGAAAGAGCUCGAUUCAAAAUAAUAUUACGGAAUUGUUAAUAUACAAAACUAAAAUAAAGGAAUGAUUGAAUGAACUGUAGUAAAUAAAAAUUACAUUAAUACCUAUAUUUUUUUACAAUACACUUAAAUUUGAUUUUAACAAUAUUAUUUCAUAUUUUUACACAUGUAGGUACUUAUUAGGUAUGAUAUACUCUUUAUGUAUAAAUUUUUAAUUUAAUUACAAGUAAACAUUGUAGAAUUGUUGUUAAAAUCCAAUUUAAAUAAAAAAAAAAAACGCUAUUUUAAUAAUAAUUAGCAUUCAGUAAUUGUACCAUGGUGCUAACAUUAUUGUAUAAAUAGUUAUAGGUAUCUAAUAUAAUUAAAGUUAAUAAUAUACAUGAAAUAAGGUAAUAUAGUUGUGUUAAUCUAACUUAAAGGUAUUAAGUAUUUUUACAGUUUAUUGUUGAUGAAAUAUAUCUUGUGUACAU